CGGAAGUCCGCGCACGCGGCCGAGCCGGGGAGGAUCCGCAGCGCCCGGCCUCUGCCUGCGCUAUGUCUCACCCGUGCCCGGACCCCAAGUCCGCCAGCCCCAGCAGCCCGCGGGCCUUCUUCGAUGUCGACGUCGGGGGCGAGCGAGUUGGUCGAAUUGUCUUUGAAUUAUUUGCUGAUAUUGUACCUAAAACUGCUGAAAACUUCCGUGCACUGUGUACAGGGGAAAAAGGACUAGGACUUACUACUGGAAAAUCUCUUCAUUAUAAAGGAUGCCCCUUUCACAGAAUUAUAAAGAAAUUCAUGGUCCAGGGCGGAGACUUCUCAAAUCAAAAUGGCACUGGUGGAGAAAGCAUAUAUGGUGAAAAAUUUGAAGAUGAAAACUUUCAUUACAAGCAUGAUAAGGCAGGGCUGCUGAGCAUGGCAAAUGCAGGACCCAAUACAAAUGGCUCCCAAUUCUUCAUCACAACAGUGCCAACUCCUCACCUGGAUGGGAAGCAUGUGGUGUUCGGCCAAGUGAUCAAAGGAAUGGGUGUUGUUAAACUACUAGAAAAUGUUGAAGUGAAUGGAGAAAAUCCUGCUAAGUUGUGCAUUAUUGCAGAAUGUGGAGAGCUGAAGGAAGGUGACAACUGGGGAAUUUUACCAGUGGAUGGUUCUGGAGAUAUCCAUCCAGACUUUCCUGAGGAUUCAGAAACAGACUUCAGAGAGGUGGACAAGAUUGUGUCAAUAGCAGAAGACAUAAAGAACAUAGGAAACACUUUCUUCAAAUCUCAGAAUUGGGCAAUGGCAGCUAAAAAGUAUCACAAAGGUUUAAGGUACCUGGAGGCCUCUGAAGCUGUGAUAGAAGAAGUGGAUAAAGCAAAAUUGAAGACUCCAGCUUUGACCUGCAUCUUAAAUGUUGCUGCUUGUAAACUGAAACAAUCAGAUUGGCAGGGAACCAUUGAAAAUUGUUCUGAGGCUCUUGCAAUAGAUCCAGGAAACACCAAAGCUCUUUACAGACGAGCUCAAGCCUGGCAGGGAAUAAAAGAUUUUGAUCAAGCUCUGGCUGAUAUUAAGAAGGCUCAGGAAAUAGCACCUGAAGACAAAGCUAUCCAAACUGAAAUUCUGAAGAUCAAACAAAAAAUAAAGGCCCAGAAAGAUAAAGAAAAGGCAGCUUAUGCUAAAAUGUUUACCUGAAUGGUUGUUUUGUCCUGUUAGUCAUCGGAAGUAAAGAUGAGCAGAUCUGCAGCCAAGCAUGACUUCUGCCUUGUACGGCAGUACAGAUGUUGUAGGAAUACUACCUUAUUUCCAGUGUUUACAGCUUAAACCAAGUUUCAUAAUAAAGUCAUUCAGUCUGAAAGUGAA